AUGGAUACCGUCAAGGAAUGCGUAAAGGAUUGCGUUGACUACUUUAAAGACCCCGAACUGGUCGCCCGUUUUCAAAGGUCUUUUGGAGUGGUGCGGUAUGGCUCGUCGGACAAUGGUGUUACCGUUCCGUCGUUGGACAAUGGUGAGUCCAAGACCAGCAAUGGCAAUGCGUUGCGCAAGUCAAACGACGUCAAUCACACCAUCACUAACAAGUUUUGGUAUUACUUGUUUUUGUUCGGCACAUACCUCGGUGAUGAAAUCGGAUAUGCCAUCGUCAUACCAUUCUUGAUAUGGAACAUAGACUCGGCCGUUGCUAGGAAAAUGGUCCUCGUCUGGGCAGCCGUUAUGUACAUUGGUCAAUCCAUUAAAGACAUAGUACAAUGGCCGAGACCGGAAUGUCCUCCGGUUGUUAGACUACAAACUAAAUGGGGUGAUACAACUAUAAUUUUAGGAACUUUUGCAGGUAUACUGACUGGAGGUUGGUUGUUAGUCACAUUAGAUAUACAAGAUGAUUUUCGUGUUAUGAACCCAAUGAAUAAUCCAAUCAGUUGGCCUUCAAUUUAUGAUUUAGGUUUGAUUGUGAUCAGAAGUGGUUUGGGCUAUUGUUGCAUAGUCUUGUUAUUCUUAAUUAUUAAGUAUAUUCUGUGUAUUGUUGAUAAAAUAUUAAUUAAAAGUGGUAUGAGAAUAUUUGACGAUGCACUGAAUAGGCAUAUUCCUCUAUUAGAUAUUACUUACAAGUAUUUGACAUUUUACUUGGUAUCUUUCAAUAUUAUAGUUUUGAUACCAAUGUUGCAAAAAUUGUUAUCUAUGUCAAGACAGUCAUUUUACCAUGAAGCUAAGUAG